CAAAGAAGCAAGACAAUUAUCCAGGAAAUUGGAGUGUGUGAUGGGAAUAGAAAACUUUGACCUAAAUGACAACCUUUAAGAUAUAUAUGAAAGAAUUAGCACAGAGUUGCCAAGAUGGGUCAGCUGGGAACAGCACCUGCAUACCAUUAUGGAAUCAGUAUAAAAGCUUUGGAGUGGCGUGCUCAUGCUCAAAAUACAGAGGUUCACUGGGAAAAGCAAGGAAGUUUGUAAGCCAUCCAUUUGAAUACUAAUGAUGAACAAUAACUAUCAGGGACAGAAUGAAUCCUCAAGAUGGCUUAAAGUUGUCCUUCUGUUUUGAAAUGCUUUAUCUUGGUAUGUAUUGAGGUUGGUUCAGUUUACUAGAGGAAGGAUGCCAGUUGGGUGGCUUUAUAGAAAAGGUAAGCUUCUGCUACACCUGACUUUGCAGAUCACUGGCUCCUGUAUUAGCCUUUCCAGGUAGUGCCUCCUUUAUCUAACUUUUGCUCCCAAACUCCUAGUUCCUUUUCAUCUAAUUUAUAAAGUGUACAAAGCAUUCAUCAGUUUGUAAUGGUCCCUGUGAUUUUGGUAUAAAUGACUACUCCUCAUGCAUUAAAUAGUGUUCUAUGAAACUAUAUGUAAAUGAAACAAAAUGUGACUCUACUGAAGGAUUUUAAUAUUUCCACUAUUACAAGUCUUCCCUCUUUCAAUGUACUGUGUCUCACUUGUUCUAUUACAUCAUGGGGGUGUACAAAGUCAAAAUUGCCGACCACAUUUUCCUUUAUAGGAGAAUAAUGGAAAAAUCUUUGCAUUGUUGAGCUUAUUGGAAUGUCUGUUUCCUAAGAGCAAGUGUUGCCAGUGAGACCAAUGGGAUGAGGUAUAUAAGAGAGAGAGAAAGAGAGGGAGAGAGAGAGAAAGGGGGAAGAAGGGAGGGAGACAGUGUAGUAUCCAAUUUAUGAAAUUAAUUUCUAUAGCAUGAAAGCAUCCCAUGUAUUUAUCCAAGGAAAGUUGAUAUGAAUCCUGACAACUACAGAUUCACAAUAACUCUUCCUAUGAAUAUACAGCUAUGAAAAAUAAGCAGGUUCCCAAAUAGUUUGAAGUUCUCGCAUGAAGCUUAUCAGUAUUGGCAUGUACGGCAUUUUAAAAGAGCUGGUGUCAAAAGGGAAAAUCUUUCUUUGUUGACUGCUGAAGGAAUAUGAAUCUGUAAACUUUAGUGCUCUGCCAUCCCAUCAUAUUCCAAAAUUAAAGGAAGCAAUCCAGGAUACCCAGUGACUCAGCACGAUAAGAAAAACGUCAUCGGAGACCAGCAAGAAUCCAAGAGAAGCAUCUUAGAGGCCCUAUAAACAUGUUGCCUUGCGUGGCAAAAAGGACUUUGCAGAUGUGAUGACAUUAAGUGUCUUGAGAUGGGAAUACUAUCCUGAAUUAUCCAGAAGUGAUGCCACCAAGAAGAAAUGAGAAAUACAAACUUCCUGUUCCACUUCCAGAAGGCAAGGUUCUGGAUGACAUGGAAGGCAAACAGUGGGUACUGGGCAAAAUGAUUGGCUCUGGAGGAUUUGGAUUGAUAUACUUAGCUUUCCCCACAAAUAAACCAGACAAAGAUGCAAGACAUGUAAUAAAAGUGGAAUAUCAAGAAAAUGGCCCAUUAUUUUCAGAACUUAAAUUUUAUCAGCGAGCUGCAAAAAAAGACUGUAUCAAAAAAUGGGUAGAACUCAAACAGCUUGAUUAUUUAGGAAUUCCUACAUUUUAUGGAUCUGGUCUGACUGAAUUCAAGGGAAGAAGUUACAGAUUUAUGGUGAUGGAAAGACUAGGAAUAGAUUUACAGAAGAUCUCAGACCAGAAUGGUACCUUUAAAAAGUCAACCGUCCUGCAACUUGGUAUCCGAAUGUUGGAUGUACUGGAAUAUAUACAUGAAAAUGAAUAUGUUCAUGGUGAUAUAAAAGCAGCAAAUCUACUUUUGGGUUAUAAAAAUCCAGAUCGGGUUUAUCUUGCAGAUUAUGGACUUUCCUACAGAUAUUGUCCCAGUGGGAGCCACAAACAGUAUCAGGAAAAUCCUAGAAAAGGCCAUAAUGGGACAAUAGAGUUUACUAGCUUGGAUGCCCAUAAGGGAGUAGCCCUGUCCAGACGAAGUGACGUUGAGAUCCUUGGCUACUGCAUGCUGCGGUGGCUGUGUGGGAAACUUCCCUGGGAACGGAACCUGAAGGACCCUGUGGCUGUGCAGUCUGCUAAAACAAAUUUGUUGGAUGAGCUCCCUGAGUCAGUGCUAAAAUGGGCUCCUUCUGGAAGCAGUUGCUGUGAAAUAGCCCAAUUCUUGGAAAGUGCUUAUCAUUUAGCAUAUGAUGAAAAGCCAAACUAUCAAGUGCUCAAGAAAAUUCUGAACCCAGGUGCAAUACCUUUAGGACCACUGGAAUUUUCCACUAAAGGACCGAGUGUAAAUGUGCCUACUCCAAACAAUCAAAACGUUGAUUCACAAAAGGCUGCAACAAAGCAAGUCAAUCAGAUGCAAAAUAGGUUAACAGAAAAAAUAGCCCACAGUGAGAGAAGUGCUGAGUCUUGUGCAACACGGAGGAAAGUGCAAAAGGAGGAGAAGCUCAUUGGACUGAUGAACAAUGAAGCAGCUCAGGAAAGCACAAGGAGAAGACAAAAAUAUCAAGAGUCUCAAGAACUUCCAAAUGAAGUAAACUAUGUCCCACAAAAAUUCAGCUAUGUGCAAUUCCCAAAUUCAUUUUAUGAACCUCCUCAGGAUUUUCCCAGUCCAGAUGUAUUCAACAAGUCAAGAUCUCCAUCUUGGUAUAAAUACACUCCCACAAGUGUAUUAAGUACAGACUUAGAAAGUUCUACAGGGCUCUGGCCUACAAUUUCCCAGUUUACUCUUAGUGAAGAGACAAAGUCAGAUGUAUAUUAUUAUGGCUUCACCAUACUUGUCCUUUUGGUGUUAGUAUGUCUUGCUUUAUAUUUUCUCUGAAGAUAGCAAAUAAUAUCCUUUUAAUAAUCUUUAAAGCUU